UGGCGCGCGACGGGAGCGUGCGGCCCCUCGUCGACCGUCGCCUCCCCGCGCGCCGCGGCGGGCACGGCCCGGGACGGGAGGGGAGGCCCCGGCCCCCAACACGUGGCCGCCCGCGGACUCCCGUGGCCGGCGAUUUUUAAUCCCAGCGGCUCGCUCGCCUUGUCACCGCGGCAGCAUCACAUCAUAGGCCUGCCACAGUGCCACACCACUCCAGAGGGAGCCGAACAGCUUCCCCGGGACUCUAGAGGCAUCAGCGCUGCGAGCAGCGGCAAUCGAUCAAUCAACCAACCCACCUCCGCGAAAUGUCCAUCUCGAUGCGCCUCGCGAUCCCGGCGCCGGCGGCCGCGACCGUGGCGCCGCCGCGGCUGAGGGUGCGGGUGGCCGGGAACGGGGGCUCUCUUCCCGCCGCGCGCGUCGCCCUGCGGACGGAGACGGCCGCGCUCAGGGGAUGCGCCUCGCUGCCCCUGAAGCCGCAGCCUCUGGGCGCGGGCCAGCCGAGCCGCCGCCGGGGGGCGGCCGCCGUGUGCCACUCGUCGGCGCACCUGAGCGCGCGGACGAUGCAGUGGAUCUCCGCCGGGGCCAGCGCAGUGCUAUUGCUUGCUAAAGGAACAGCCAUAAACAAAUCUUUCCUUGUGCCAUUUUUCGCUUUGCAAGCACCUUGCAGCAUAAUCUCGUGGAUCAAGGGUGAUUAUGGCCAAUGGACUGCUUUUCUUGCUCUUUUGGUGCGCUUGUUCUUCUUCAUUCCAGGUGAACUUGAGCUUCCGCUGUCAACAAUGCUGCUAGUGAGCGUUGCUCCUUACCAAUUAAUGAAUCUGAGGGGAACUCAAGGUGGUGCAGUUCUGUCAUUGGCCAUAGCUGGGUUUCUCGCUUUUCAACACUUCACCAGGGUGGGAGGUCUAGGCAAAGCCUUUGAGCAGGGAUCGGUCAUUGCGACCUUGGCCAUUAUCUGCAUCACAAUCAUCCCCUUGAUGCUGCUAUUCUGAUUGGAGUAGGUUGGCAAGAGUUUGGUCCUCAUUGUGCAUCCAAUGAUGGAUAAAUAAAAACCUUGUGAUGCAACACUCAGUCUUCCUAGUUCCUUUUCGCAAAUAAGACCGAUUUGUUAUACAUUCCGAAAUGUAUGUAGUAUGUACUGAUGUACCCUGUUGUGCGGUUUGGUAAUGUCAGUCCAAAAGAUUUUGAUUUUCUUCAGUAGCUA